GGCCAAGUCGUCGCCAUGGAGACGCGUGGGGACGGCUGUGGGAGCGGCGGCGGGCGGCCUGGGCUAAGGCCCUAGAGGUGGCAGUGGUGGCGGCGGCGGCGCGGUUGAACCGGGUCUGGCUGGAGCCCGCCUGGGCUCGGACAGUCGGGGCCGGUGGGAUGAACGUCCGAGGAGGACGUGGGGGUCCGGGAGCCGGCGAGGAGUGCGACGAGGACGACGACGAGGACGACGAGGAGAGGGAGGCCGUCACCCAGGCCUUCCAGGUGUCCCGGCUGCCGCCCAUCUCCGGCUGCGUGCCCGAGACCAGCCGGAGGAAGGUGAAGAAGAAGAAAAAGAAGAAGAAGUCUCCAGCCACCGGACUGGCCAAGGGCUCAGGCAAAGGCGACGGUUCCAGCAAAGAUUCUAGCUCCAAACUAGAGUCUAUGAAAGAUAUUAAAAGAGAGAAAGAGGAAAAUAAGCAUCUCUCUUAUUCCUCCUCUGGGAAUGCUGCAUUUUCCUCGGCUGAAGUAGAUGAGAGCCUCUCCACCAAGAUCAAUGAGAGUCUCCGCUGGGAAGGUGUCCUUGAAGACCCAGUAGCAGAGGAAGAACGAAUCCGCAUCUACAAACUCAACAGAAGAAAACGUUAUCGACUUUCGGCUCUGGAAGGAUUCUGCCAGACUCCAAGUGUCCCAGAAGGGACUGAUGAGAAAGUCUCAGUCCUUCCAGACCCAGAGAGCCACACAAACAGCAAACAGCAAGCAGUGAAGGAGGAUUGCCUCAAUUAUUUCCUUGAUGGAAACACAGCGUCAAAGAUCCUAUCCUCUCCAGAAUUAGCGACAGUCAAUGUACCCGAGCAGAAACUUUCUUCUGCUUUGGCAAAUCUAUCCUGAUCCCAGGAGUGAGUGUGCGUGUGUGUGUGUGUGUGUGUGUGUGUGUGUGUGUGUGUGUGUGUGUGUAUGUAUCUGUGUGUGUGUGUGUGUGUCUGUGUGUGUGUAUGUGUGUGUGUGUGUGUAAAUUAAAUAAUGGAAACCAGGCCAACCCUGAAGAGGACAAAUACUUUGUUUUGUUAUUGAGAUCAAGCCUCUCCUUUCAACAAAAUGUCUUAUGUGUCAAAAUAAAACCACCUCUCUAUAAAGAACAUAAAAAAUCCUAAAAAAAAAAA